CGUAGUAAGUCGUGGUGUCCCGACUUCUCGCGAUAUCAUUACUCUGCAACUUUCAUAAAUUACACAAGACCCGAGUAAUAAAAAAAAGCCUACUAUCCGAUAUAAAAUAUGUAUCAGCAUUAGUCUGCAAGUGUACGGCGUGGCGUGUGCAUUUCAAAAUGCAGUUCCAAAUAAUCGGUGGUUCGAUCGCGAACUGACGUGUGUGCUGUUAUGAAAAGAAAGGGAAAAAAACAAAUUUAUAUAACUGUAUGAAAAGGUCGCUUUGCUUUUUAUCGAGUUAAAUAACUUGGCGUGAUUUCGCGAUGCAGUCUCAUCGCAAAAUCAUAUCAUAUCGCGCAAUCGUGACAUCAUAUAAUACACGAAUCUUUUAUACAAAAACACGAGAGAUCGACUAAAAGAUAUUUAUUUAUUAAAAUCUAAAUUCAGUUAAAUUUACAAAUUACGAUACCGUUUACUUAAAUGCAUUUAAAUGUAUACGAAACAAAGUAACCGCGUGCACCAAGUGCUAAAUAUCAAUUAUCGAGCGAUCGGCUACUCCUCUCACUAAGUCAACAUUUAAACAUGACGCGUAUCGAUAAGUCUUAUUCCAGCGAAUGUUGAAGCAUCCGUGUAAUGUGUAUUUAGGCGUGUAACGUGUAGUAAACAAUUUCACAACGAUACGUGAAAUUGUACGAAAAAAAAUACAGUGACGUUAGAGUUCUCGUGUCGCAAAUCCUACGAUAAAUCUCUAUCGUUUAUUUACCCUCGGGCGGGGUGAUAUGCAACAAUACAAAAAAAUAUAUCAGAGAUUCUUUUAUAUCGUAUAUCGUGAAUAUGAAAGAUAUCGUGUUGAGAGAAUCGCUGCUCCGCUCGAUAAUGACAGUCUUAUCCCACGCGGACACCCUAAUCCACGUUAAUUACGUCGUUACGACGUAAACACGCGGACGAUAAUCGCGCCGAUAGUGGCCGGUGCCUGCCGGUUCCUUCCGUCCAUCUCCUUCGCGUCAUUAAUUAUUCCUUGGACGGCGGAUAGUUAGCGGCGACUGCAGUAGAAACUCGGUUGAGCAAUCGCUCGCGUAUCUCCGAUCUCCGGCGUGUCGACAGCGGAGCUCUGGCGAUCAGUGCGCGCCACGUGGACCCAAGAUCCGGCACCGGAAUCGAUAUGGGGGAGACCACCGUGGAGACCAUGGUGGAGUUCACGCCGAUUUACGACGAAGUCACCGCGCGAACGCUCGAGAGCGAAUUCGCGAGGCUUGAAGGCGAGUGUUACGUGGAUCAUGCGGGCGCAACUCUGUAUUCGGAUGCACAGAUCAGAAAUGUGAGCGCCGAUCUGCAUAGCUCACUCUACGCUAAUCCGCAUUCUAUCGGUAUUGGGAGUUCGUCGACACAGGACGUUAUCGAGCGUAUGAGAUACCGCAUUCUGAGCCACUUCAACACGAAUCCCGAUGAGUACAGCAUUAUCUUCACCUCGGGCGCUACGGGGAGUCUAAAGAUAAUCGCGGAAGGAUUCCGUUUCAGGACGGAUGAGGACAACGGGACAGCAACGUCCCCGCAUUCGGGCAGUUUCGUUUACGUGCAGGACAAUCACACGUCGGUCCUCGGGAUGCGAGACGUGGUCGCUGCCAGAGGCGCCGAGGUCAUUUGCUUGGGCCACGAUCAGGCGUUUCAGAUUCUCGGCCAGCGUUCAAGCCCUCGCGAUCCCGACGAGCGACAGAGCAGCAAUUCUCUCUUCGUGUAUUCCGCGCAAUGCAAUUUUUCUGGAUUAAAGUAUCCCCUUAAAUGGAUCAGAGACGCGCAUGCUGGAGCGCUUUCUACUUUUGCUGAUAGAACGUCGACCAGAUGGUACGUUCUGCUCGACGCGGCCAGCUUUGCGCCAACGAAUAAUUUGGAUUUAUCUACUUUCAAACCGGACUUCGUGUGUCUGUCUUUCUAUAAAAUGUUUGGCUAUCCCACUGGUAUCGGCGCCUUACUCGUUAAGAAUGCCAGCUCGGACGUUCUAGAGAAGAUCUAUUACGGUGGCGGUACCGUGGACGUCACUCUCAGUUCUGAAAGAUUUCACAGAAAACGUCAAGUAUUGCAUCAAAGGUUUGAAGAUGGAACCGCGCCGUUCCUAUCUAUCGCGUCGUUACAAUAUGGCUUUGAGAUACUUUCGAAGCUAACUAUGGACCAAAUAUCGAAACAUGUCUUUUCUCUCGCCAAGACUCUGCAUCACUCCCUGCUAACAUUACAUCAUUGUAAUGGUAAACAAGUUGUGAAACUCUACUCCGAUUCUGAUUAUGAGGAUCGCAACUCGCAAGGGGGGAUUGUUGCGUUUAAUCUUAUCCGAUCUAAUGGUGAAUACGUAGGAUACAUGGAAGUCGUAAAUAUGGCAGCGUUAUUUAAGAUUCACCUUAGGACAGGCUGCUUUUGUAAUCCCGGUGCAUGUCAGAGACACUUAUCUCUCUCGCCUAAAGAAAUUCUUCAAAACUACGAAGCGGGAUACACGUGUGGCGGUGCUGCAGAUUUAAUAAAUGGGAAACCGACCGGAGCAGUGAGAAUCUCUUUCGGAUAUAUGUCCACGAUUAAAGACGUUCAGACAGUCUUACUUAUGAUUACCAAAUGUUUCAUCGACGAACCGUGUAUCAGAAAAUUUCCGCAAUGGUGGGAAAACCGCAAGACAGGACUCCAUAAAAACUACAGACAUUUUUACAAUUCCAACAUCUUAGAAUAUUCUAUUCCACGUAUUACAAGUGACGAAAAAAAUAUUAUAAACAAUAAUUUGCAAAAUGAUUUUCAUGAUAAACGUGAAAGCCUUGAUCGCAUUAUAAAUUCUAUAAACUCUAAUAAAAUAAAUGCACAAAUACACAAAUGUACCUUACAACGGUUAUUUAUAUACCCUAUCAAAUCGUGUGGAGCAUAUGAAAUUGCAGAUUCAUGGAAUUUAAAUUCAAAGGGUCUGGAAUAUGACAGAGAAUGGAUGAUAAUGACAUCCUCUGGAACUUGCUUGACGCAAAAGCAUCAUACGAAUCUAUGUUUGCUCAAGCCUGUUAUUUUUAGAAAGCAAAAGCUUAUGAAACUAACAUAUCCAGGAAUGCCAACAAUUGAAAUCCCUUUAGAAGAUACUUAUGAGAAGUCAGUGGAACAUCCUAUAUGUCAAAGCAGAGUAUGUGAGAGUAGAGUGCAAGGUAUUGACUGCGGAUCAGAAGUCUCCGAGUGGCUGAGUUUGGCAUUGGGCAAACCAAAUCUUAGAUUAAUUCGACAAAGUCAUAAGAGACAAAAGAAAGGAUUAGAUAAGGCAGAAUUAUCAUUUUCUAGUCAGGCACAAUAUUUAGCGGUAAACGAAGCAAGUGUGUCAUGGCUUAUCGACAAGGUAUCUGACGACUUAGAUUUCGAAAAGAACACAGCUGUGCAUCGAUUCAGAGGAAACAUCAUUAUGGAAGGCUGCAAGGCCUUUGAUGAAAUGCAGUGGGAACAUGUUCGCAUUGGAAAUAAUAAAUUUAAAGUAAACGGUCCUUGCACGAGAUGUCAAAUGAUAUGCAUUGAUCAAACAACCGGCAAGAAAACUAUCGAGCCAUUAAGAACGUUAGCGGAAGAGUUCCAUGGAAAGUUGCGAUUUGGAAUCUAUUUAACUAGAUUGGAAAAUAUGCAAGGUAUACUUAAGAUUGGCGAUCAUAUCUACUAUUCUUAAACAAAUGAUUUCUAGAUUAAUUAUCUAAACUUUAUGCGUAACUCAUCAUGAACAAACUACAGAAGAAUCUCUACUGUAUUAAAAAGUAUAUUAAUAUCUAAUAUAUAAUUAAGUACUAAAUAUUAUUAAGUAA